GAGCCACAGUUCUAGCGAUUUUCAUGUCAGUAACAAAGUGUAUACGGACAAAAAAACGAAAACGUUAAGCAGUCGUGUUUCCCAAAAAAAAAAAUAAAAACUACUCGUAUACCUUAACGAAUACUGCACAAGCGAAGAAUCUCUUGACGUUUGCUCCACUUCUUUUGAGGACUAUGAUUUCAAUAAUUACUGGGACAAUCGUAACCAAAGAUAUCCCAGCUUUCAGAAUCACUGUACAAAGUUAUCUGUUAUAUUGUUGUUGCCACUGUCUCUUUAUUGCCAUUUCGACCGUGACCAGUGUGCUUCCAGUCUUUCAGUAGAUGACCCACCUGGGACACCUUCUCAGAGAGGCAAGGCGCACCAUGUGCAUACUUGUUUACUUGCCGUUUGCUCACUACUUGCCAGUACAAGAGAUAGUGGUAUUUACGCACUAGUCGAGUAUUAGCUGCAAUAAACCGCUAAAAACCCAUGAGCUUCCGAUGCGUUCGCUCAGUAGCUGGGGCGCGAUUAGACUCUCUUGAGCUAUUUACUUAGACCCACACAUUCAUGCACAGACAACGAAUGAUUACAGACACACAUGAAUGCAGGUACGACAACAGGCGAAUAGUGGCGAUAAGGAAGAGCCUGACGUUCUUCGUUAUCAUUUAGAGGCAUCAUCCUCCCAAUUCGAUUCGUUUUGAGACCGAAAAAGGUGGUCCUCAAGGCCCGACGUCACCAAGUAAUAUCUGAUUUGUUCAAAAGCCUACUGAACCGUGGGGUAGGUUUGUCUCGGAUGGACAAGUUCGAAUUCUGUGAAAGUGUUUAUACACUCAUUAGACACAUAUUACGCACUUCUCUCCUUCAUUCCGUUUUGUUGAUAAUCAUCUGAUUUUUUCGAGGAAGCAUCUUGCAACCUCUGCUGUUGUUAAGCUUUAUCUGCCUAUCUGAUAGGCCGGAAAGACACCGGCGCAGAGCACUGUCCAGUGUUCAACAAUGACUUGCUAGGCAUUGAUAGCAUUGCAACCAAACUAGGCCGGCAUAGUAAAAUGAAAGAGAAAUGACGAAUGAAAAAUCUCAUGGUAUGUGUUUAUGGUAAAAGUGUACAGAACGGUAUGUCGAACGGUUGAGCGAACUCCACGAAUUGUAUAAACUACACGGAGCUUGGAGAAAAGAAUUCAGUCGUGGUUUUGCCAAUACUUUAGAACAGGUACUUUGCUUUUUCUAGGUUGGGUUUCGAAUGGCACGAACAUCAUGAACGGCAAUAAUGAAUGUGGGAAGAAUGAUUACGCACCGCUAUCAGAUGAAACUUCACAGAAUGCCUGAAAACUUCAGUAACUACAUACACGUUACGGAUAUGGCCCCUAAAUCCACGAAGUGAAUCACCACCACACUCAGUGAACUGACUGAAGCCACCAGUUACAAUGUCAAUCAAAAUAAACCCGAUUACUGGUGCUUGAAAGUAAAAUUGAAGGCAUACACAGAAAGGGACACAUAAAGCUCAUUAUGUUUUUAAAGCCUUUUCUACGAGGGAUUAGUGCCGAAUAGCAUAUAGAAGGUCCUGAAAUAUGGCAAGCAUUGACACAAGUGUUUCGACUAACGAAUGUCAAGUGUUCAGCUGCUUUAUAAUGCGAUACAUAGUUUUUUUGCAGACAAGAACAAACUGUUGGGAAAAAAAUGACAGCCUAAGUACUAACGGCGCCAUAUAGCAAACGUAUUUAAAACGUGUUAUUCAACGUCGAACCUUUAGAAAUUGAGGGUGGUCGUUUAUUUGCCAGGCGCUAGUUGAGAUGUUCGAGUUUGACCGGACUUACACACAAGGGUCCUUAUACUACGGGGGCGAAUUCGCAUAUUUCCUGCGGUACGACCUUCUGGUACCGAUUUCCAAAAGCGACCUGAAUACCCUACAGAUUGCUUCAAAUAAACUGAGGUCAUUGUCAUUCGCUAGUAGGCUAUGACAGCUGAUGGAACGACCUAGUUACGGUAGCCACUAUUCGUCUCAAGUUUUUAUCUUGAAAAACUUCUCGUCCCUCGACUAGAUAAGACGACUAUUUGAAAUUAAACCCUUUAAUGUGCUCAGUUAAAACAAAUAGAAAUUUGGAACACUGAAGGAUUAUGUGCCUAUUGACAAUAUCAAGCUUACUUACGAUUAUUUUUCGAAAAGCGUAAACCAAAAUAUUGAGUCUAGAUACAUUUCACGCUUCUUUCCUUCGGAAGUGGCUUGAGCAUUUCAUCGUUUUUUUUUUAUAAGCUGUGCAAAGACAUCGAUCACAUAUAUGUGUAUAUAUAUCUCAGUUUAAAGCCUACACGAUCGGUUUAGAAAUUCGUAGCUGAAGACAUAAGCAGCUUGAGCGAGCCUGACAGCAGAAAGAACUGGACUUAUUAACAGCACUAGUGAUCCAGUAAUACAACUACCCAAUUAACUAACUAUCAGUAACAGCAGUGUCCCACCGGUAACUCCGCUGACAGCUGCAACCUAUACUUGGACAUAAUCGUCACGCGAUGCUAUUGGCACUUAAUUUGCGUCACGACACGGAAGCAGCAAUUUCACUUGAAUAAAGACUAAACUCACUUCCUCACAAUACGUUGCGUUUUAUAAAUUAAUGCCCAAGUUAUAGCUCUUGCGCCCAACGAACUAGCCGUAGCCGUAGUCCCUUGGUGCUAAACUCCCCCGUCCAUAUCCUCGUAGUAGCGUCUUAGUACGAAAUCAUCCUCAAUUCAAUACGCGACGUCGGCCCGCUAUGAUUGUCAUUGCGACAGCUGCCACUAAUACCACAGCCGCGGUUGAUGCUACCGCUGACGCCACCCAGGCGUCCCCGUACGACGCCCUUUUAUCUCUGUCGCGUUGUCUUGUAGACCAAGGUCAAGCAGGCGAAUAGCGCACGACAUCGCUUUUCUUAAGUAUAGAAGUUUCGCUGCCGAUGCAAUUGCAGCCACUGUUACCGGUAUGGUCUGACUCCUGCCGCUUGCCAUCCCGUGUGUCGGAUGUCUCGUAUAAGUGCGUAUGUUCUUCAUAUGUAUAUUGGUCUGCGUAACGUCCUUCUGCCCACUCUGAGUGAUUCUCGCGGGUGCAACUCAUUCACUAUCAGACCGUAGUGAGUGAUACGGCGCUAAUUGUACAACAGCUAAAACAACGCCGUUGCCAGUAGGCGACGUGAUGACUGGACCAACGAGCCUGGAAAGCACGUAUUUAGUCGGCUCGAGUCCCAGCUUCGCAGUCGAAUGUGUGGGCAAGCAUAGAUCAGGCCUGCCUUCUGCGAACAGGCGUAAUGUCAGAAUGCGACUUUCGCAGCUACUAGUGUACUAGUAUCCACAACCACACCACGCAGUUACAUUAUACCAAACAAUGAUUAGAAGCUCGUGAAAUACAGACACACGAAAGCAUACAUUUGCGAGAGCAGGCUGCAUAGAUGCACGUACAUUUGGUCACUCAUAUAUACAAACUGCGGCGCAGUAAUCGUCCCAUACACAUACACAAUCGAGGAGACAGACAGUGUGCUAUGGACAGGCAGGCUGUACAGCCACUGUCGUACGCUAUACGCAAAGAUAUCAAUACCAAUAACACCAGCAGCUCUACACAUCCGAGGUAUAACUGAACGAAUGCAGGCACCUGGCAGCGGCUGUAGCUUUUAUCGUUCUCAGUUUCGAUCUUGACGGUCGAGCAAAUAGAUCCCGCAGUCUUAGGAAAGAGGUAACUCGAGAAAGGAAGCGUUCGGAUAGACAAGACGGCACGGCACAAAACAACAGUGGACACUACAAAAUAAGCCGCUUGCUCUUCUUGAGUGGCUCGCGGACCAGUUGAUAAGUUCGAAUGGUCUUCGUGACAAUGAUUCCGUGCCAUCGGCAAUAGCGGAAGGCUGAUCGCGAAGAAGGCGACAGCGAUAGCGGCAGAAAUAGAUACGCAGAAACUGAUGGAGUGGACGUAACUGUGCAGGAGGGAGGCAUUGAAAGGUCUAGAAAGAAAAGACUAGAACUGAUUCGUUUUUAUAGUAGCUACAACAAACGCUGCCAACAUAAUGCCGCGUUACGCAGUGUAAAUGAUGAAUACACAUUACGGUCGUGCUGGGUAUUGUAAACGUUCCUUGCCGUUGCGCGCGUCAAGACAGAGAGUGAUACAGGAUUUCCUUCACUUUGCAUGUCUGCACGAAUCACUUUCCGGUUUUCUUCUUGGAUUCUUGGCCGGCUUCCCCUUACUCCUCGGUCCCUCUCUACUGACUGGCGAAGUGGUACCUGGUAGACCUCGAAGUUUCGAGUCCAUUUCGGCGUGGGAAUUCCUCGACAUGCCAAAACAUCGCGGCUCCCGUCGUUAAAUUGGACUGCCCAUUACGUUGCUAGCUAGUUAAUGGUUCGCAGCGCAAGUGGUAAGAUGGUUAGGUUUGGCGAAUCAUCGUCGCUUGAAAGGGCCAAUUCGCUGAAGCGUCAAAAGCAGCUGAAGAGCCAUCUUGCUACUCCAGUGGAACCUGUCGAAAAAUUCAAGGUGUAUGUGGAACUGCGCCGAAGGUACCGAGAAGAAUUUAACGCGGUCCUCUACCAGCAUAUGAUGCGUGAGUUUGGUUCCGUGCACAGAUUCUUCCUUGAGUGCCUCCAUGACUUUUUUAAUGGCCACUAUUCCAAGGUGCUUCAGAACGAGGCAAAAAAAUAUCGAUAUCCGGAUGUCGAGUUUUUUGAUCACCUAAAAAUGCUCGAUCUUGGCUGUGGUCCAACGGCCUAUGCGUCGCUAAGUGGUUCUGCCUUUAUCCACAACAUCGUUAUGGCAGACUUCACGCAUGCAAACCUCAUUGAGAUCAACAAGUGGCGCAACGAUAUGGCUGAUGCAUUUGACAUCAACUUCCUCGCCCAGAUCGUAUCAUCCCUCGAAAAUAAGAGUAAUAUGCGUGAUGGGGGCUACGAGAUCAUCCGGCGAACGAAGGAUUCGGUGAGCAAAACGUGCCGCUGUGACGUGACCGCGCCGUACAUCCUUCAGGAAAGUCAAAACGACGCUCGAUUUGAUGUCGUUGUUUCGUCAACUUGCCUGGAGGCCGCAUGUCUCGAUGUACCGACAUACGAAAACGCGAUCUGGAAGAUCGCCCAUCAAAUGCUCAAACCAAGCGGAUUCUUUGUGCAAUGUGGCCUCACUGGAACGACUGGCUAUACAAUUGGCCAAACAACCUUCGAUUGUCUGCCACUCACUGACGAUAUGGUAACCCGGGCAAUGGAUAAUGCCGGCCUGCGGAUACACUCGUUCCGCCACCUUAGGAACCAAGGCCACGUUUAUGGUGACCGUUUCGAAAGCGCCUUCUGCAUUGUGGCCCAGCGAGUGAUGCCAAUCCCAACGUGAACAACGAAGGAUCACUUUAGGACAAA